UCACAUGCUCAUCAAACCUAUAUUCUGGGGUUGUUUUCUUUAGUUCUCUGCGGAUUUCUAACAAUGGCAGAAGAGUUUGUUCUCUUAAACUUUUUCGCUAGCCCUUUUGGGAUGAGAGUGAAAGUGGCCUUGGCCGAGAAGGGAAUCGAAUACGAACACAAGGACGAGAACCUGUUCGACAAAAGUCCUCUGCUUCUGCUGAUGAACCCAGUCCACAAGAAGAUCCCUGUUUUGAUCCAUAACGGGACACCCAUCUGUGAAUCUCUAAUCAUAGUUCAAUAUAUAGAUGAGAUUUCGAAGGACAAGUCUCCUUUGUUACCCUCUGAUCCUUACCAGUGUGCUCACGCCAGGUUCUGGGGUGAUUUCGUCGACAAGAAGAUUCACCCAACUGGAAGGAAGAUGUUGGCCAGCAAAGGGGAAGAGCAAGAGGCAGGAAAGAAGGAAUUGUUUGAGGGAUUGAAACUGAUGGAAGGAGAGCUCGGAGACAAGCCUUACUUUAAUGGUGAGACCUUUGGUUUUGUGGACCUGAGCUUUGUCCCCUUUAACGUUUGGUUUUACACCUAUGAAAACGUUGGCAAAUUCAGCAUGGAAGCUGAAUUCCCAAAACUAGUUGCUUGGGGGAAAAGAUGCAUGGAAAAGGAAAGUGUGUCCAAGUCUCUCGCCGAUCCACACAAGAUUUAUAACUUCGUUAUGGAACGAAGGAAGAUAAUGGGACUAGAGUAAAGGAGAUUAUUAUGGAUACAGCAAUGAGGUCUCAUACAAAAGAUUUGAGGAGUUCCCAACUGAUAAAGCUUUCCUUGGUUU